UUAACCAAAAUUUGAUUUUUCCUGGAAUAUUGAUGCUCUCAGCUGCUGGCCUCAUCCUUAUAACGACGGUUUUCCAGGUAAUAUUUGUAUAUGAAAGUGCCGCUAACCUCCAAUAUGACUUUUGGUAUGUGCAAUACAAGGUCUCUUCCAGGGAUUUUCCAGUGGAGGGGCAUUUAAGGGAAAUGGACUUACAAUCGUCGACAAAACUGGAAAAUACAUUCACCCUCUCACACACCCAAUGUUGCCAUUAUUUUCCCUACGCCUUGAACGCAAUUCAUGUUACAUUAUGUUGGGGGAAGGGGAGGUGGUGUUUUAUAGGCAAGAAACAUAAAUCAGACUAAAAUAUAAACGCUCGCAGAAGCAAUGAAAUUAAAAUUUUGUUAACAUGUUAUAUCCAGGAUGGUAGCUAACUAAGAGGCGAUGAGCUGGAAGAGAUUGAACUGCAUGGUGGGAGGGUCUAUAGAACCAUCAUAUCUGACAGCUUUGAAAGUAAAAUAGUUGAUCAAGAUAAGAUCUUCUAUUCUUCUUAUGACAUUUCUUCUCAGAAUGAUCCGAAUAUUGCAUACACCAAAAUCCAUAUAUUUUCGCUGUUGGUGCCACUUUAUAACCCAGGGAAAUCAGAGUUCUGUUAUGAACCUCUUGACGGUUGCGCACACCACAUAGCGGAAUUGAAGGAACGUAAUUAAGAUUCUCGAAUUUUGUUCUGUUUAAUUUGACUUGUAUAAAAUUCUCAUUAUUCCUUCAUAGGUUGCAAAUCUGUUUGAUAGAUGGAAAUCUUUAGUAAUAAGUUCAUUUAGCGGAGGCGUAGAUUCAUCAUCUGCUGUACUUCUUAUCUGUAAGGUAGGCCUACGGCUUAAAUCUGAUACAUAUCCAUUGUGAAUUAAAAUAAAUGCUACACAAAUUUGAUUUGUAGUUUUAAUCGUAUUAAUCUCACUUGAUUGUAUCACUGCCACUACAUGAAUUGCAUUGAAUUCAAUGUAAUUCGUUUAAUUUUUUGGAUAGAUAAUGAUUACUACAUGCAUGAGCCUGUGUCAGGGCGUUAAAAUGCUUCUUAUAUGCUCUAUAAAUAGUAAAGUUGGCGUACAUUUCAUCGAUGUUAAAGUACGAUUUUCUAAACUAGUUUUACCCAAGUUCUAUGUUGUGUUACACGCGUAUAUAGCUAAAUGAGCCUGUGGAUUUUCAAAUGAUAUAGCUACAGAAAAAUAUUUUACCAUGCAUUACGAUCAUUACGAGAAAGACUCAGAAUAUUAUUUUAGGAGGGGCUAGAAAUCUUCAUGAUCCUUAGAAUAGAAAUUUUCAAAUUUUCGACUCCCUAGCUCCUCGUAUUUUCUGGCACGGAGCCUUUGGAUAACUUAACAUUUAAUUGGACUGAUUUUUUAUUACACCACUUAUGUUCAAUGCAAAUACAGGUGUAUAAAAAAAACGCAACCUCGGAAUUUCCUACGAAAUCACUUUGCAAUUCUUAAGCAUAAAAGAUUUUAGGCCCCUGGGAAUUGAAAUCGAAUUGCUAGUAGAUCAUAUUACUGUAAGUUGUUGUGCAUUAAAUAAAUGCAUAAAUUUUGCUUUAUGCACUCGCGUGUGCAGUAAUUUUGUUAAGAAAUAUAUGAUUUUUAUUCCGUUUUUCGACGCGAGGUAGGGAAUCGUUACAGUCAACCUCUAAUAACUAUCAGUUCUUAAUAUAAUGUUCGUCUUCUUGUAGUAGUUUUCCUAAAGUUCACUUCAUUUCACUUUACUCAUCAGUCUUCAUUUUGCUUCACUUUACUGAUCAGUCCACUGAGAUUGUGCAACCCCUUUUAUACUAACGGUUGAGGGAUCUUUGUACACGUGAUGUAGCAAAUAGUGUGAUUUGUAUCCAGCCAAUCAACGUUGAUAAAAUAAGUAUUUUAAAAUUUAGAUAAGAGGUUUAAAAGUGUGGGUUGGCGUUGUUAGCUCGUUCCAGCCCUCAAAUUCUAUUUAUUUAAGGCGUUGUCGCACUGGUCGAGUUGGUUCGCUAUUCAAUCAAUCAAUAUUAAAAUAUGUUCAAAACUUUAAAUACUUAUCAAAAUAUCAUAGUAAAAACUUCAAACUAUACCUAUGUGAACCUUACUUUACCUACUAAACUAAAUUUACUUAUACAAUUUUAUUGAACCAAGAUUUUGAUGACGUAAUGUUAUCAUGACUCAACCGCGCGAAAUAUACCGAAGAAUGAUUGACAGAAAGGCCCUAAGCAUGCACAUUUUCCAUGUCAAAGAAGAACCAGCCUUGGACUUUGAAUUAUGUAAACACAACAGCCCACCAUGCAAGGUUAUCGUCCAAUUUUAUACUAUUUAGAUAUACUUUCGUAACAAUUUUGACAGUUGUGCUAUUUUAAAUUCCCAGGCCCCUAAAAUCUUUUGUCUUCAAAACAAUGUCGAUUUCUUGGGAAAUUCUGAGGUUGCGUUUUUUUUUAUACACCCUGUACUACCGUAUACACUUAAUGUCUGCUCCCGAGAGAAAUAGUUUGUUUUGUUUUCCCGAGAGACUCAAUGUCUCCGGGGGAAACAUUGCGAUUCGAGGGAAACAAAACUAACUAUUUCCCGAGGGAACAGACAUUAAGCCUUUUGUUAUAUAGCGCCAAACAAAAAUAAACAUUCAACAAUAUUCAUACAACAAUUGUAUUUCGUGACAAAAACUCAAUGAUGUAAACGAGUUUAAAAUUAAAAGAACCUAUUUUCAGCAGCAUAUCCUGCUGCCUGUUGUGUAUUUUCUUCCCUUUUACAUUCUUUAUUUGAACACAAACUUGGAAAAUCGCAGUUUAUAAUUCUGCUAGUUACGCCGCCAUUUUGUUUAUUUAUGUACAUAGGUGGGCAACAAUUUUUCACUUGUUGCCCGGCGGGAUACAUUGCAUUUAUCAGAAGUUACGUGAACACAAUUCAGCCAAUCACGUUUGGUGUUCACCCUAGCUAUAUAACAAUAUCUCUUAUGUAAUAUCUACAAGAAACCAAGAAACCUUUCUUUCAGCUUUAUUUCUUACAGAUUUCAGUUUCUCGGCAUGGAAAACAAGUAUACAUGCUCCUUUUUUGAUUCUCAUGCAGAUUUGGCAGCUGUGUCACAAUUGUAGAAUUUUUCUCCCCAAAUUAUAUCCCUAUUAAAAAUUUGAAAGUAAAUUCUGAUAGUGAGUUUAGGCACUUGGAAACGCAUAAAACGCGGUCAACAAUAAUGUGGAGUUAAAUUGGAGAUAAUGGGUUCGAAGUAACUCCUCGAAAUUAAUAAUGCUAAUUGCACUUCCUGUCAUGCAAUUUGAUCUGAAAUCAAACGCGUGAUUACAAAAUCCGCGAAGCGGGUGUGCGAUUUGUGAUCACAAGUUUGAUUAGUAUAGGAAAUUACACGGUUCGAGAAAUGAAAAAUCGCACGCGUGUUUGGCGAAAUAUUUAUAAUACCGCGAGUGCGUAGCAGGAACGGUGCAGUAUUAUAAAUAUUUCGCUAAACACAAGUGUGCGUGAUUUUUCAUUCCUCGAACCGUGUAAUUCGAGACAAGUGUAAUUUCCUGGUAAUAUCAUUUUACAGUCAAUUUUACACGAGCAAUCAAUGAUAAGAAAGUAAGAAACAUUGUAUUUGUAUUCAAGCGAGUACAGCCAUAUACGCGCCUCUGCAAGUGGUCAAUUUUGAGAGCACUUUCUGACAUUAACUUUCAAUUCAUACCUAUAACAACUGUGAAUAAUCUUUAUUUCUUCUUUUUUUCUUCGUUUUGAAAGCAUAAGUAAGAGUUCAUUGUAAAAUAAGAGCUCAGAAAAUGUACAUUUUCAAGUUGUUUAUUGUGUUGACAUUUUGUGUUUGAUGCACGCAUGAUCCACGCGGGCCGCUCGUAUCCGUCCCGAUUAAUCUUUAAUCGGCACACCUGUGCGAUUAAUGUUUAAUCAGCACGGUUUUUAACCAAUCAGAAUCGAGUAAAUUGACUAAAAUGAUAUUACAGCUCUAAAAUAGUGCGAUUUGGGCUGUAAUCACACUAUUCUUAGCCAAUCAGAUUGCAUGCUCAAAUCGCGCAUGAUUUCAAGAUGAAUAUAAUAAAGAGUGUAAUAACCUUUUUCAUUAUUCUAUCUUAAUAUUUCACAUUUCAGUUGUUGUACGAAGCUGGUGUUUCAUUACGAUCAAUGAUCAUUUUCUACUUUCUGCUCGCCAUCAUCUCAACUCUUGCCCUUACAUUUAUUUUACCUCCGUAUACCAUUACUAAUUCCGAAGCCAUAAAUGAAACUGAAAAUGCAAAGGGAAGUUCUGUGAAACCCGAGGUAAGUACUGUGAUGGAUUUGAAAUUAAUUUGAACAAAUGUUUUAAAUCUGGUCUACGUACUGCAUUUCGGUUUCCCAAAGAUCAUUUGGCCCAAUACCAAGUUCUUUUGGCUGGCAAGACGAUAUAUCGUUUUACAAUCCACACGGGUAUACUAUCUCAAUUGCAUGGAUCCCAAAGUAAAAUUAUAAUAGAAAGUAUUUGACACGCAUAUUGAAACAUCUAUAUAAUAUACAGUUAGGAACUUGACAGAAUUUGUAAACCAAUGUCAUAUCAUAGUUUUGACGAUUCAUUCAAAUUUGUUUAAUGUUAACCAUUUUAAUUAAAGACCUUAACUUUCUUCUUAAAAUAUCUGGAAGGUUAACAUUGCACAUGAAUUAUCACCACUCUGUCAAUCUGAAGUUAAGAACGAAAAGGAAGAAGAUGCCGAAGAAAAAGAUAUUGAUGCCGAAUCAAGCGAAGGUAGAAAAUUGAUCUCGUUUUUUGUCUAGCUUAAAAUUAUUUAUCCAUGUAAAUGAUGUUUUCACAUUUUAUAGAUUUUUACAGUUUGAAAUAUACCAAUUAAGCAUAAUUUAUAUUAUAUCACGACUUCGAGUCGUAUAUUUAACAGUUAUUAAUUCUGCAAUCUCGAGUCGUAUAUAUGAGCUCGAGCUUAUAGUUUUAUAUUUUUUUUUAAUUAUCUGCAUGCAUGGUUAAAAAAAUAUAUUUAUGAGAAAAACAUAAUACGAAAGAGCGAAGAUAAAAACAUGAACAUGCCGAAUCAGAUAAAACUGACUUUUGAAAAAAUUUAAAAGCAAAACCCCUUUAUAGAAGCAAAGUCAACAAGCUUUUGUUUAGUCUAAAAAUCAUGAAUAUACAGGGUGUCUAAAAAAAUCGCUAUGAAAAUUCAACAGGCUGUUGUGCAUCACUGCAACUUAACUAAACAGUUCAAUUUGUACAUAGGACAAAAGAGCUGUUAUUUAGCUUUUCUAUUCCACCUUUCUUAAACCGUAACGAAGAGAAAUGGCCACAUACUCGUCAAAUAAAAAUUGUCGAUCGAAAUCACAUUCUUCUACCGUUGGGAAUUGAAAAUACAUUAAUUCUGGUGCAAAGUUAAUCAAUCCAAAAGCAACGCGAGCCUUCUGCGAGGUACCUGUUUCGUAAAACGUUUUGAUUACGAAUGUUCUCUGUUCAGUUCUAUAAAACUGUUCUAUAAAACUGUCGUCGUAUAUGACUACCAGCUCAUUUACUACUCGAGUUCGCAGAAUAACUGCAUGUUAAAUAUAUACGGCGAGUAGCUCAACCAAUCAGAUUGCAUAAUUACUCGUAUACAGUAUGGUGGUCAUGACUACAUUAAAAUAUGGAAUGUGUGUCCCUUUGGGGAUUUUUUAAUCAACAAGUCUUCUUUUUGCAUUAAGUCGUGAUUCCUUUUCGCGUUGAUUCAUGAAAUAUGGAUGGUUGCACAUGAGUAAUUCAUUGACCAGAAGCCUAAUUUAUCUUUGAUGCACGUACAUGCACGAAUUCAUUUUCGUUUGCAUUUCGCCGAGAAAAUGCGCUCCUGGAAUCAGACCUUAACACUUGGCUGAGCUUCGUGUAUUACAUGCAGCAAAAGUUGUUAAACUUAAUAUCUCCCACCCUGUAUCCAAAUGCCAUUCCCAAUCAAACACAAUUACCAAUUAGCUCAAAAUCUAUAAACAUAAGAAGGUAAGAAAAUUGCGCAUUUUAUGGCCGUAAUACCGGCACAUAACAAAAAAUCCGCAUAUUCGUGUAAGAUCCAGGGCUUUGGAUGUAUACGUAGACCAAUAAGGUGUGCUUAAAGUCACACAACUCUCAUUAUUCUGGCAUUAUUCUGAUGAGACCGGAUUAAAUAAUAUAUUCCAACCACAAAGCAGUAGCACUCUUCCCACAAAAUAUGCCUACAAUCAUACAGUUUCAAAUGUUUUGAGACAGAUGCCACAAAACCUUUGUAUUUCAACCAACGUCAUCCCCCCGCCCCCUAUUCAAUGUUGUAUCCCAUAUCUCGUCAGAUUUGAUGUGUUCGGGUUUAAGCAACAUUGAUUGGGGUUGGAGGGGGAAGCGGUAUUGUGUGUAACAAACUGUAAUGGAUCAACUUACAAUCUAAAACUACUGCAUUAUGUGUCCCAACAACUUCUGAAAGCGAUUGUAGUCAGCGAAGCCCUAUCGACAUUUUACUUCCGCAAGAACAAGAACUUUUGAUUUUGUGGAAUUAAUUUUUGUAUCAUGCGUAUAGAGAAUCUUUUUUUAUCCUACCAUUUCUAUGUUCAGUAUUCAGGAGAGUAUGAACUUGAAAUUAAUUAUUGACUUGCAAUCUGACUUGUAAGCAAAUGAAAUACAUGCCUAAAGUAUCCCGUCUAGGAUAAGUUUGGCUGUGUGAUUUCGACCUUAGUCUUAUAGUAUAAUGUCUAAACAGUUAAAAUGUCAGGGGAAUACAAUAGUGUUUCCAUUUGAAGGAAAUUCGAAAUUUCCCGCUAAAAAUAAUGCAGAGAUUUGAUUUUGAUAAGAAAGUUGGUGUUUUGUGCAAUUGUUUCAUGUUCAAAUAAAGCGUAUCGUUGUUGUAUCUUUGUGUCAGUGCCACAUAUCAGGUACUACGUGUUUGUGAUACAUGAUAACAACUGCACUCACUCUAAGCUAACAUCUAUCCCAUAUGAUAUGACCCGGUGACAAGAAAAUCAAGGAGUCAAAACGUGGUUGUUGUGCAAUUAUCCUAUUGACCACGUGCAUUUUGAAAAUCGAUAUAAAAUGCACAACGCCUUUCAUAUCCCAAAUUCUUUUGCAUAUGUGGGUGCAAUGUUGUUUCUUGAUGUGUUUCAGCGGUCCCUACUUUCUCCCGUGGGACUGCAUAUGCUCGCGGCCUACUAUUGUGAUUGCAUUGUGGGGGUGCGUCCGAGCCAUUACAAUGAACCACAUUCUGAUGUUAGGGUGCAUGCCUCUGAAUGGGUGUGGUAAUGUGAGAUAAGGGGGGCGGUAGGUUAGGUUUCCGCCGACUCUCCAAUUCCACUGUGUAUUAUAUCAAGCUUCAUUGGGUAAUUUAGACCAUGGCUCUAAUACCCCCGUCUAAUUGGCGAAUGAUAGACAGAAGGAAAAGAGAAAUGCGGGUUGAGAAAAUUUGGAAAACCCGGGUGUUAUAUACUGUAUAAGAGUACGAAUACAGCUAGAAUGCAUACAUUUGCGGAAGUUAUAACUGCAUGCAUUUUAACCGUGUGAUCGUGAAUCGUCAGUGGUAAGCCACGAUCAGAAGGGGGGAGGGAAUCUAGCUCGCCGACGAACCAUUCACAGUCAACGAAACAUAGAAGCAGUUUACUUCCACAAAACCAUUUUGUAGUUUUAAUAUCGCUCCCUGAUCCAAUUAAUGCUUAAUUUUACGUAAUGAUGAACGUCUACCUUUCUUUUCCAAGAAACAGCCCCUGAUCUAAUGAGUCAGAUGUUGACAGCUGAAUAUAUACUGUCAGUUUUGUACACGAGUGUAUGUAGCCUUCGUCUGUGGUUUUAUGUUGGUGAUUUAAACUCAUAUUUGGAAUUUAUGUCUGACAAUGACAAGGAUACAGGUACGUUGACUUUCUUUGUUUUGCAUACGUUUUUCAUCUUUAGUAAAACAAAACGGAAACAAUUUAUUUGUGCGUUCGAUCUUUUAAUAUAGUAAGCAAGUAUACCAAUUGGUUUGGCAUUAUUCAAUGUACUGGUUUUUUCUUUGCUCCCAUCAUUGGUUUUGCCAUGGACUGGAGACAAAAGAAGAAACGGAAUGAGAAAUCUGAUAAUGGUUUCGUAGCUGGUUAUCUUUUGACUACAUUUGUCGCUUUAAUGUUGAAUAUUCUUGUUCUCAUUCCCAGUUUAUCUAUGCAGGUAUCAGAGCUAUGGACGUCAAGGGAUUAAUUUAUCUAAAAUCACCACUGUUAUAAAUAAUUUCAUUCCCGGGCCACAUUCCCAGCGACAGCUCGGGGCGAGGAUACAAAUUCCGCUCGGCCAUUUACACCCUAGAAAAGACAGCAAGCGGAUUCAAAUGUUUAUCAAUUAUCGCGGGCGCAUGGGUGGUCAUCUAGGGGGUCAUCUAGCUGAUCUCAAAAACAGGGCAAAUUGCCAGGAGUGGAAUAAAGUCCUAACUCCACGAAAUGCGAAAAAUUCGAAAAAUUUUGCGCAAAAAACACACUUGUGUGAAAAUUUUCUCUCGUAGUGAUUUCCACAUUAGAGAAAAAAAAUCGCCAAAACACAAGCAUUUGAUUAGUUUCGCUAUUUUGUCAUCCAAAACACAAACAUUUGAUUCUAAAUGAAAAAGAGAGCAAAUUAAUAUUUCCAAGAGCGAAUUGUCUGAUUUAAUAAGCAUUAUUAAUAAAAACGAUUAAGGGACAUAUCAGAACGUUUCACGAAGAUUCUUAGCGGGUUUAAUUUUACAAUAAGUCAAACUUUAUAGAAUGCAUAAUAACAUAGCUAUAUGCAUACUUACAUUGUAUACAGCUAUUUCAAUUAAGGUUGUCCCCCGAGCAAAGUGGAAAAGUCGAAUAUGAGCGCGAAACGCUGCUGGGAAUCGCUAAUAAAUUCAUUCAUUUAUUAGCGAUUCCCAGCAGCCUUUCGCGCUCGUAGCCUAUUCGACUUUUCCGCUUUGCUCGGGGGACAACCUUAAUUGAAAUAGCUGUAUUUCAAAAAUUGAUAAUUCUAUCAUUAGAAAUACCAACCUUUGCCAUUUUGUACAAAAAAUAUAUUUAAGAAAUUAAUUAAAAUAAAACGAUCGUAUUACCAUGACUACAACUGAUGUCACUUGACUCGAGCCAGCAAAUUCGGUCAUUUGUUGGCCGCCUACUUAGCAAUCUGAAGAUUCAACAAAUGACCGAACGCUCGCUCGAGUCAAAUUACGUCAGUUAUAUAGUCACGGUAAUGCGAUUAAUAUUUUAUUUCAUGUUGAAAUAUAGUUGUGAAAUAUAGUUGUCUGGAUACAAAGAUGAGGGGUUGCUACAUCAAUGUAUUUCUAAUAAAAUACUGCAUGCAGUCAUCACGUGUCUCCUGGUGCCGGUUGUACGAAAGUUUUGAUAAGUUGGUAUCCAUGCCGGGACUUAUAGUUGCAUUUUUCGCAACUAUUCCUGCAUGGUUAGGUCUAAUAAAAUCUAUAUAAAUUUCCACUCGAUAAUUUCCAUCUGCAUGCUCUUCAACUAUUAUUGAAUUGAAUGAGAUCGCAACAAAAAAUAUUGAUAUUUAUCCAUGCAAUAGUUAAAUUCCAUGUACAGUUCUAAUUGCGUUGGACGGCGGAUAAAAAUAUACAUUAUGUACUGGAUAAAUUUAUCAGAGGGCUGGAAGUAAUUUUAAUCCACUAAAUCAGUUGAUAAAACUUAAACUCUUGACUCUCAAGUUUACUGUGUCGCUUUGACCAACAUUUCCAUAAUCUCCGUGAAAUUAUGAUCAAAUUAUUUGAAACUGCCAAUCAACAGUGCUUGUUAACUUCGCUUUGCCCUAGCCAUCCUAUACUGAUCCGCGAAUUUUAGUACAGGAAAACGAAGGUCUGUACUCAGCCUGUAGGAUUAAAAAAAAUCAACAAACAUCGGAUGGGAAACUCGUCUGAUAGUAUUCCGUCUGAUAUAAAUAUGAAACAGACACCAUUCGAUGCGUAAACCCCCAAAUUCCCGAAAACCACAAUAUUAGUCUCUUUUCGAUGUUGGCCCCUAAAUAUAUUCGUAAAAUAAUAUUUAGCUAUAUAACCUUUCCAUCCUUUAGUUGAACAUCUCCAUCACUGGAUCGUGAGAGAAUUACAUAACUAAUAAUUUUUCUUUUUUUAGUAUCUUUCAUUUUUCGUCGAAGUUGUUUUAAGAGCGUUCAAUUACUCUGUUUUUCCUG